AUACUGUGGGCUUUGCGUGAAGGGCGUGGAGAUGCGUGUUGGCGUGCGGUCUGAGGUCCACCGCCAAAUUCAAACAGUGGAAGAAAGAAACAGCCGCAGCAGCUGAAAGCAGACGAUUCUCACAACUAGUACUUUGAGGUAAGCUCAGUCGAUAUGGCAUCUUCAGUGAUGGAUGGAGUAGGUAAAGCCGUAGUAGGAUUGUGGCGGGCGCAUACGGUCCUGGAUGAGUCUGACAAUGCAGAGAGCUCCCCAGAAGCCCCCGACCGUUUCCGCAAGCUUCGCUCUUCUACUUCACUUAACUCUCUGCGGAUGACUUUGCGCAAGCGACUCCCACUACGUUCUGUCCAAACCAACUCCCUCCCAGAAAAUCAAACUAUGGAAACCCAGAAAGAGCCGCCAAAGCCCAACACAGUCCGCAAACUUACACGCAGUGCUCGGAACUCCGUUACUGAAGUAUAUCAGAGGCUGCAGAGGACAAGAGAGUUUUCACGUGAGGAGUGUUUGGUAGCGACCCCAGGUCAGGCAUGUGAUGGGGAAGAACCUGCUGCAUCAACUUCUCGCACCCCAAGACGCACAGCUGGCCAAACUGCAACACCCAGACGCACCCCCAGAUCAGCUACGACGCCUCGACGUACCCCUGGCUCCAGAGGAAGAAGGCUCCAGACUCCUGAGUCUGGUGUACGAGGGGUGAAAAAGGGAGGGGGCAGGAGGCAGCUGGUCCGCAUGGCUGCAUUACAAAGUCCCUUUGCCUCUCCCAACACACAGAACCAGAGGAAAAGGUUUGACAGCGAUUUGGAGUCGGUGUCCAGUGGAAUCAGGAGGCUCAAACAUCUGUCCAAGGCCUUUGACAACAUAAUUGGCAGAGACAACGGAACCAGUACAAUGGACCGUUCUGGAGGAGCAGUGAUGAGAAAGUUGGACCCUAGCGGUAAACUCAGUCGCUCAAACCUCACACGGCGAGCCACGAACCUCUCAAACACACUGGGAGGUUGGGCCCACACGGCUGUGAACACCAUUCACAAACCCAACUGAACUACAUGCAUGUCUGGAUGUAAAACACAGGACCUUUUUGUAGCCAUGUUUCACAUUUAUCUUUAUUGAGGUAUCAGUUACAUUUUACUUGUAGUAUUGUCAGUAUGAUACUGAGAGACUGUUACAUGGCAACUUGUCUUUCUUUUCUUUUGUAUCCAUGUUGUGUGUAAUUGCAUGUCUCAGGUUAGCUGGCUGUGGGUCAAAUAUCCUCAUUGUAGCUACCAAAGCGAUUUGUGUAUUGUAUAUGUACUUCUCUUAGCUGCUACAACCAAAUGUCUAAGUUACAUUUUCCAGAUACUAAUAUUAUAGUUUUGUAUUCUCACCUUUUUUCCAGUUUUUAUAAUUAACUUUAUAAGAAAAAAGAACAUUGUUUUUCAGAGCCAACGCUCAAUUUACUGACCAAUGUGAAAUGUAUUUUCCUGUACUUAUAUAUGUAUGCAAUAAUGUUACUAACAUUUGUUAGUCCUUUUUUUUAAUGUCAUUUGAUUAUGCCAAAAUGUAAACUUUUUAUAUAUAAUGGCCGUGGUAGUAUUUGAGUGAAAUGUUCCUUUUACUCAUUUUUCCCUGAGGCAGGGGUUGACACUUAACUGCCCGUGGAUGAUUCAUGCAUUAAUACUUUAUACAUAAAUCAUUUGAUAAUGUAAUGACUCGUUACCUGAUGUUAUAAAGCCAUAUCCAGCAGGCUAUUAGUGUUGUGACUUUCAAACAAACAGCCUUGAAUGAAGCAAAACACUAUUCCCCUCACGGCCAUUUCGAUGUAUUGGUACCACUUUUCUGUAGUAACCAGAUAAAGGGAGAUGUUGGGGUCACAAUAAAACCUGUAAGUUUCAACAA